AUGACAAUCCUGCAGUCUGAACUCCUCUGUGAAACGUGUAAUAUCAAUGAAAGAGUGAAACCAGCAGUUACUCAGUGUCGUUUACUGAAACAGUUCAAAAGAGCUAAAAAUUCGAAAGAGCUAAAAAUGGCUGACAAGACUGGAAAUCCACUGCCUAUACAAGGACCAGACGGCCAACGGGCAGCAGCUCUGCCGGGAAUCUCAGACCCCUCUGUCCCCAGCCAGCCGAGGCCACGCCCUCCCCGGGGGACCGUCUGCAGCCUGCUUCUCCUAACUGUGGUCUGGGUGGACUUGACCAUGGCGGGCUCCAGCUUCCUGAGCCCCAAACCCCAGAACGUGCAGCAGAGACAGGAGCCAGCAGAGCGAGCCUGGACUCGAAAACACAAGAAGGCGUCAGCCAAACUGAAGGCCCGGGCCCUGGAAGGCUGGCUCAGCCCCGAGGUCAGAAGUCAGGUGGAAGGCGCAGAAAAUGAGCUGGAAAUCCGGUUCAACACCCUCUUUGAUGUUGGGAUCAAGCUGUCAGGGGCUCAGUUCCACCAGCACAGUCAGACCCUGGGGAAGUUUCUUCAGGAGGUACUUUGGGAAGAGGCCAAUGAAGCCUCUGGCUGA